AUUACGUACCUGAUAUAGCAUACAAAGGUUACAUGUUUGAAGAUCUUUAACUUUAAUCAAAUCGAAAGAGUGAUAUGUUGUUUUUAAGAAGUGUGAUUCUGUUAUUGAUAGGUCAAUGUUGUGGAUUUGAUAAAUUUAACAUUGAAGAGAACUGCGGUAAAUCUAUUAACAGCUUUGCGGGGCAGCUUACUAGUAAAUUUGAUUCGUCAAAAUAUAACUCAAAAUUAGUUGGAGGGCAAUGCCGUGUCACUAUCAAACUUGAGAGUUCGUUGUUUACGUCAAAGUCGCACGUGUUGUUUUAUUUCACAAAGGUGAAUCUAUUUCCCUCUUGUAAUGCAGGCAAUAUAACAUUUCUCGAUGGUGACAAGAAGUUGGCGAUUAAAGGAUUGCCUCGAUUUCUUUGCGGACAUCAUAAAGAUCUUGAACAAUCUGACAAAUUCUUUACAACGUUAAGUGAUAGAUUGACGGUUGUAGUUAAUACAAAUGAUGGUUUUGGAGCAAGUUACUACGGACAAUUCAACUUGAAAUACAUUAUGUUUAGUAAUGGCCCAUGUCACAGUGAACAUGUUUACAAAUGUUCAAAUGGACGCUGCAUCCAAAACUAUUAUCGUUGUUCGAGUCAGAUUAAUGCUUGCUUGGCAACAGAAGCAGUGUGCAAUGGAACUAGAGCUACAAAAGUCAAUGGUACUACAGAAGGCAAAGUACGGAAAGAUUUACAGAACUUGUAUGUAGCGGGGUGUGUAGUGAUACUCGCAAUGAGCGUUGUUUGCAUUUUCAAGAGAAAAUACGGACUAACAUGCCCAUCAUGUCCAAACCGGCAACCGCGCUUAACAAAUCAGGGCCGAAGCUGGGCACCAAUUAAUAUUCAAUCCAAUCUAGCACCAGAUGAACAAGUUCCUUUAUCAAACAGAAAUUUAAACGAAGUUAAUACAAUUGACACACUGACUGUUAGUCUUGACAAUUCAUUCCCUUCUGAGCAAAUAAUUUUUCCAAAUAGAUACAUGCUUGCCAUUACGUAUCCAGAUCAUCCACCUUUAUACGAAGAUGUCGAAGAUAAUAAUGAUAAUAAUGAAGAUAUUCUGCCAAGCUAUGGCGACGUUGUAGCUAAUCCUACAGAAUACACUAAUGUUUCACAAAGAUGAUAAAGCAUUUAACUAGUAGAGGAAGAAAACGGUAAAAAAAAAACGUUUUUGAAUACAAUGUGAAUAUUGAGUUUAUCUGGGAAGACGGAUUGAUGUCAAGAGUGUUGCUACUCGGACUAGCUGGUACUUGUCCCAUGUUUCGGUAAGCAUAGAGGACAUGCCACAGCACCCCUUCUAGUUUUCCACUGACGGUUUUUGAAUGAAAUGUUAACCAAAUAAUUGUUAUUGCCUUUAUUUGAUCAAUUUUGUUAAUUAAUAUAAGCAUCCAAAUGAUUCAGUUUAUAAUUGGUGCAAUAUUGAGUACGUUUUAGAGCAAUUUGUCUGAAUUUCCUAAACGUAAAUUGCAUGAAAAUUAUAAAUUACAUUA